UGUGAGUGAGUAUACUCGCGGGCAGUCGCAUGCGAUACUCGUGGCGAUUCGCACACCGCGCGUAUUCGUUGAAACGGAACGCGGGGGAAAACUAAAACGUUCUCUUUUUAAAAUUUCGAAAAAUUUAUUUUUAAUUUUUGAGUUUGACACAACAGAUAUUCGAAUUAUGUUUUUUUAAUAUUUUUUGUGCUAGUUUUGUGAUUUGUGAAAAUGGCCAGUGCGUUCGCAAUGCUCCAAAGUUUGGGGAGGAAAGUGCGCGGGAAAGAGCAUCGGGAAUGCAGGACGCUGCAAGUGAAUAUGCCUUCGUCAAGUUCUGUUGACAUUGAAUUUACAAAUCUAACCAUGAAAGUGUCCGAGGGAUUGCGUUCUAAAAAAAAAACAAUCCUGAAAGGCGUAUCCGGGUUGUUCAGGUCCGGAGAGCUGACGGCCAUCAUGGGUCCCUCGGGCGCCGGCAAGUCUUCCCUUAUGAACGCCCUUACAGGAUUCUCAACAAAUGGCGUGACUGGCACAAUCCGAGGUGGUGACAGCAUUUGUGAGCUUGACAAGCGAGAGCGCUCGCUUAGCUCGCUCAAGGCGUACCGCAAGAAGUCCUGCUACAUCCUGCAGGACGACCGCCUCAAUCCGCUGUUCACAGUAGCAGAGCUGAUGAGGUUCGCAGCCGAUAUGAAGCUGGGGAACACCUUGAAUGAGGAACUCAAGACAUCUGUGAUAAAUGACGUUCUCGAGACCUUAGGCCUGCAGGGCACGGAAAACACGCGGUGCUCAAAGCUCUCAGGAGGUCAACGCAAGAGGCUCUCCAUAGCGGUGGAACUCAUCGACAAUCCGCCAGUCGUGUUCUUGGACGAACCCACCACAGGUCUAGACAGCUCCACAUCAAUGCAAUGCAUCGAACUGUUGAAGAACCUAGCCCGGGACGGUCGCACGAUCGUGUGCACCAUCCACCAGCCCACCGCCUCCGUUUACUCGAUGUUCGAUCAGGUCUACAUCCUAGCUGACGGCCUGUGUAUCUACCACGGAUCCAGCUCAAACACGGUUCCGUACCUCGCGUCCGUAGGCCUACAAUGUCCAAAGUACCACAAUCCCGCCGACUAUAUUUUAGAAAUCGCGAAUGGCGAAUACGGCAAGUUCAACGAAUUCCUAGCUGAAAAGUGCACGAGUCAGGAUUGGGGGGCGAAGGUGGCGCCACCGGAGCCGCUUCCUAAUGGCAAAGUGGAUUCCUUCCACUGCGGCAAGAUAUCCAUAGUGGUCAACCCUCCUCACGAGCUUUACAAAUUCGGAAUCCUGUUUCGACGGUGUCUUAUACAGCAGUAUAGGGAUUGGACAGUAACUCACCUAAAAGUGUUGCUGCAUAUAGUGAUUGGGGUGAUCCUGGGGCUUCUCUUCGAGCAGGCUGGCAACGACGGCUCCAAGACCAUCAGCAACCUCGGCUACCUCAUAGUCUCGGUGGCCUACCUCUGCUACACGUCUUUAAUGCCAGCCGUGCUCAAAUUUCCCUCCGAACUGCCGGUGUUGAAGAAAGAAAACUUCAAUAACUGGUACAACUUGAAGACGUACUACGCGGCAAUACUCGUCACGGGCAUCCCUAUGCAGAUAUGGUACAGUUUCGUGUACUCAGCUCCGUCGUACUUCCUGACAGGCCAGCCGGUGGACUUCUCCCGGUUCCUGAUGUUCGUGAUGGUGUUAGCUAACGUGACGCUGCUGGCUGACGCUAUCGGGAACGUCAUCGGGACCUGCGUCAAUCCUGUCAACGGCACAUUCCUCGGCGCUAUAACGACGUGCGCGAUGAUUGUGUUCGCGGGCUUCCUAGUGUUAUUCGCUCACAUGAGUCCCACCAUGCGCAUUGUUUCCUACGGUUCCUUCAUGAGAUACGCCUUCGAAGCGCUUGUCCUGACUCUGUACUCGGGAGGCCGGCAAAAGCUGCCCUGUCCAGAGGAUAAGCCCUACUGCCAUACGAGGUACAAACUAAUAUUGAUAGGUUUUCUAAUACUAGAAGUGGUUAACCUAAGUGAAGUUAGCUAUUAUGAAGUACUUGGUGUGUCUAAGCAAGCUUCUACUCAAGAAAUAAGGCAGGCUUACAAGAAAUUAGCUGUAAAGUUUCAUCCUGACAAAAAUUCUAAUAUUGGUGAAGAAGAGAAGUUUUUAGAAAUCACAGAAGCUUAUGAAACGUUAAAAGAUCCACAAAAAAGACGAAAUUAUGAUCUCUUUGGAUCAUUUUCUUCAUUUACAAGAAGAUAUGACCAUCGCUCAGAGUCAGAAUACAAUAAUUUAUUCUAUAAUGGUCUGUACCAUGGUGACCCAUUUGUGGACACCCUGACAGGCCAAACAUUUUACAGCUAUCUAAAUGAAGGAUUUCAUUUUAUCAACUUCUAUUCACCCUUUUGCCCGCCAUGCCAAAACUUAGUGGAGCAUUGGAAAAAGUUGGCUGAAAUAUACAAGGGAAUUGUUAAAGUUGGUGCGGUCAACUGCAAAUACCAUAACUCUUUUUGUUACAACUCUAUGAGAAUCGCCAGCUACCCUUCGUUACUGUUUUACCCUAAUGGAAGACGAGGUAACUUCGUGCAUUACCGCGGCGAGCGCACCCUGGAUGCCCUCGACCAGUUCCUGAUGUCGUAUCUAAACACUCGCGUGCACGUGCCGAUAGUCCACCGACUCAGGAACGACAAGCCGAUGGCUUACGUACUCGGAGCCAACAGGAUUGAGAGGGCUGUGCUGAGCCGAGUCGCGUUCCACUUGAACAAUUUAAUCAAUUUGGUCAUCGUAGAAGACGAAAAUCUCCGGGAGCAGCUAACAAAGAACGAACGCACAACAGUUGUGUUCAGGUACAAUGAAAUAACCAAAGAAAUAGAGAGCACCGAAGAAAAGGAGCUAUUGAGAGAGCUAGUGAGCUCACUGCCAAAAAUUGAUCUCAUUGGCCCAGAAGAGUUCAAGGACUUACGAAACCGUCUUAGAACUACUCUAAAAACGCCUUGGAUCAUCUAUUUCUCAGCCAAAGGUCAUGACCGACUACAGUUGUACCAAAUGAGGGUGGCCUUUCCUGAAAUGUAUUUUGCUGAAAUGGACUGCGACAAGUGGAGCGAGCUAUGCGCUUCCCUUCAAGUGACUGAUGCCCCCGCUUGGGGCGUCAUGAAAGUGGGCGGGGCUUACCAGCUUGCCCCGCCCAACGGGGACUUACGGGACUUCAUACAAACUGCUUCUGAAGCUGUCAACCUUCACACACUGUCUGCUUCUGAGUUCACACGGAUACUGGAUGGAGAAGCAGGCAUGUGGUUGCUUGUAGUAGUGCCGCACCGGCUGUCCUGGGAACACAUAGCGGAGCCCUUCACGCAAACCAGUCUACACUUCUUGGAUACAGAUAUUAGCUUCGGCGUAAUGGCGUGUACAGCGGCCACAGACAAGUAUUGCCGCGAUUUGGCGCCAUCGCAGCCCGUUAUAAUAUUGCAAGAAGGCUCCAAGCGCCACGAGUACAACGACAAGAUAGACGCGCAUCGGCUGGCGGAGUUUAUACAGCUCAUACUGGAUAGUUACGACUUGGAGCUGGACGAGCAGCAAGUGCUAGAAGUGAUGGACUCCCGCGAGCGCCGGAACCACUGGCUGGUGGCGUAUUUCCCGGCACACUGCGGCCGCGGCUGCUCGCAGCUGGCGCACGAGUGGCGCCGCGUGGCACAGAAGCUCCGGCCGUUAGCGCAAGUGCGCGUGGGCAUGCUACAGUGCUCUAACAACGCGCGCGGCUUCUGCUCCAACGUGCGCUCGCCUUCCGCGCGCCUUUAUCCGCCCGCCGUCGCACACCACUACACUGUAAACCUCCAGCAGUUGUCCGAAGCCCCGUACAUCUUGGAGUGGGCGUUGGAACACAUCGACGACUCCGUGGUCAAGCUCACGUGGCAUAGCUUCAUGAAAACCGUCGCAGUAGAAGAACUCAAUCCGUCCAGUGGUAAAAAGCCUUGGUUGGUGUACUUCCAUUCCCCGCGUUGCUACCGGUGCUACGAGAUGUAUGCAGACUUCGCUAUAACUGGCAUUUUCCUCCAAAAAGCGGUCAACGCGGGCAAAGUGAACUGCGUCAACGAGCGCGGGCUCUGUCAGAACGAACAGAUAUCGAGCUACCCUUCACUACGGCUCUACCUCAACAGAAACCAUAGACAAUCCUUCACCAGCGUGGUCACCAUACAAGUCAGAGACCACGAAUUAAUGAUACAGGACAUCAGAAGACACUUGAUAAAGUACGACGAGAAUUUGCUAGACGCUGUAGAUAAUAUUGUAAGGAGUCAAGGGAUCCAUGCGAAGCAUGAUGAGUUUUAGCCAAAUUAAUAAUUUAUAUUUUUAAUUAAUUAAUUAGCAAUAAAUCCAGUGAUAAGUAGGAAUUGAAUUGCAAUAAGUUUGUGAUAAUGUGCCAGUUAGACAUUUGGGUGGUAACAUUACUUUCUAUUACCACAAAUUCUCAAUAUUGAUCUGUCUAAUAUUUAAAAAAUAUAUACUCGCUAACUUAUAGGUUCCUACUAAUACAAUAUUUAAUAUGUAAGAAGACUGUCGUAAAUGUAAAAUAAUAUGGCUAGAAAAACAGAAUCUCGCUAAUCACAGUUGUGUGAUUAGCCAUAUAAUUAUGGAUAUCGACCAUUGCUAUUCCUCGAACUGUUUAAAUGAAGACGAAUCUCAAUUUUCAAUCAUGUUUAAAAAACUGAUAUUAGAAGCCGAUAUAAAAAGGUCGGAAGUAUGGUAACCCUCACCUGCAUUUAUCAACUAAAACCAAGCCACAAAAAUCGUCUCGCACAUGGUUUAAGUACCCUAUGUAUUUAUUAUGCUGCAUUUUGUGAUAUUUUAAGUUAGUUUAAGUCUAAUAGGUGUACCUAAUAGGAUGAAUGGAUUUUUUUGUAAAAUUUGUAUUGAAAAUACAGCAGUUUUUAUCCCGGUUUUUGAAAAGAUUGACGCCCGUGUUUGUGUUUUCCGAGACAAUCCGCUAUUCACGCGGGCGAAGCCGCGGGCAAAAGC